CAAAUAACAACACACUCUUCGCACUUAUUCGCCGGAAAAUCCAUAACCGCCGCCGCCGAUGGCAGAUCAUCAGAGAAAUAAUAACCGCCACCAGCACCAGCCUAGCCGUUUGCAGAAGCGGGCACCGUCAUCGUUACAGAUAAACCGCGCCGUUGAUUGGAACGUGGCGAUCCCUCUUCUGUCGCCGUUGGUCUCGUCGCCACCGCCGAUAGAUCUGAAGCCACCACAGGAAACGCCUCAGCGCCACGCCGAGCCGGAGAAGGUGGUGGUGUCGUUCAAGAAUUGGCAGCACCCGGCGGCUCCGUUUUGCUACGAGCCGGCUCCGAUGGUGCCACCGUUUGUACCCGUGUAGAUACAAAAGAAAAGACAAGGGGAAAACGGUAGUUAUUAGGAUAUGAUCUAAUGGUCGAUAAUUAGUGAGAAGGAAGAUCUAACGGUGUAUGUUGCUUCUUUUUUUUUUGUUGGGGAAAAGUUUCAUCAGAUUUUGCAUACGGGGAUAUGAAUCAUGAACAUAGAACCUGUGUGUUUCUUUUUCUUUCUUUCUUUUUUUGGCUUUUCCCCCUUUUAUUUUUGGGCUUAAAUUAAAUUACUUCAUAGAAAUAUGUACUUCCCUCUCUCUAAG